UCACUUCAUCCGUGGACUGUGGACGCUGCGUCAUAUCCCCUCCCAAUUUUGUUUACGUUAGUUUUGGUUCCUAUUGGAAUUAUUAAUUUUUUAUGCUAACAUAACCUUCUAAGUUGGGCCCUACGUGGCUAGAAUUCAAACUUACGUGACUAUAAACAUACUCUGAGUCAGCAGUAGUUAUAUUUAUUGCAUUUUUUUGCAAUGGAAGAACUGUUGAUUUGGUUUACAGUCCUUUUAGGAUUCCUGAUUUUAUCAUUUAUUAUUAUGUGUAUUGUAUUAAUGAAGACCACAACACCAUAUCCUGUAGUAGAACGGGCAGAGGAGGAAAAAUCUUUUCUGAAUACAAAUGAAGGACUGAGAAUUCUGUUUCCAUCCAUUGAAGAUCCAUUUUCAGUUCUUCUCUCGGUUAUUGUUCCUGCUUAUGAUGAAGAAAAAAGAUUACCACCUAUGUUGGAUGAGUGUUUCGAGUUCCUAGAGGCGCGCAGACGAGACAGUGUGCGAUUCACGUAUGAAGUGAUCGUAGUGAGUGAUGGCAGCAAAGACCGCACAGUUGAGGUGGCACAACGCUACACAAGAGAAUACGGUGCCAACCAGUGUCGUGUCUUGGACCUACGCACUAACCGUGGCAAGGGAGGUGCUGUCCGCCUGGGAAUGCAGUCAGCAAGAGGAGCAGUGCUCUUGUUUGCUGACGCUGACGGGGCAACCAAGUUCUCCGAUCUUACCAAACUUGAGGAAAGUCUAAAAGAACUUGUUAAAGGAGAUUACCUGGUGGAGGCGGAGAGGAUAUCAAAUGAAGUGGCGUUGGUGUGUGGUUCUCGAGCACAUUUGGAGCAGGAAGCUAUUGCCACUCGCUCACUGUUCCGCACGUUACUGAUGCAUGGUUUCCAUCUGCUUGUGUGGUUACUGUGUGUACGCUCAGUACGUGACACUCAAUGUGGUUUCAAACUACUCACCCGUGAAGCCACUCGUCUCUGCUUUAGGAGUCUUCAUGUUGAACGAUGGGCAUUUGAUGUGGAGUUGCUCUACUUGGCCGAGAGACUGAACAUUCCGUUGAGCGAAGUUUGUGUAACCUGGACAGAAAUAGAUGGAUCUAAGAUAGUGCCUGUGUGGAGUUGGCUGCAGAUGGGUCGGGACCUGUUCCUAAUUUGGCUGAGGUACAUGAUCGGAGCAUGGAAGAUCCACAGCAAGCACAAGUGACCAGUGAGCAGUGAUCUCCAGCGGUAUCUCAUGUCUUCCUGUCUUCCCACAGCUUGUGACAUCACCAACACGGCUGCAGGACUAUGUCACUAUUGUUGUCUCUAGUUACACGUCUAGCGUCGGAGAAGCGCUAGUGUCAGGGGGUGUUAGCCUCAAAUAGCUGUAAAAAAGACAAUAUCACCAAAAGAUAUUACGAAAGAACUUUUGUGGAAAAGUUAUCUUAUUCUAGCAACUAAUCAUUGUUAUCAGUUAGAAUUUUUCUUAUAAUUUAAUCUUAGUAUGGUCUUUUUAUAAGUGAUACAAUAAGAAUAAUAGUUGUUCUGUGGAGUCACAAUUGGAAUUUAAUUAAUUUUUCCAAUUGUUUUAAACAAAUUGAAAAGAACUAACAAGAUUUGACUCACAUAUUAAGUGUAUCUGUAGUGGCUGUUACUAAUUGAAUAAAUGGUACCACAUAACUGGUUAGUUCACAUGUCAAUAACAAUCAGAUAGCAUUUAUUUUUCGGCUGUGAACUGUUGCCUAAGGACGCAAGGUACUUAAAUCUAGUACUGAUCAUGCUUUAUUAAAAAAUAAGAUUGUGCUUAAUUUAUUUAUCCUCAUCAGAUCUGUCCAAUUGCUGAGUAAUAACCAACAAUUCUUUGUAAAAAUGUAUUAUUGAUGAUGGAUGAUUCUAACAUUAACGAUAGCAAAUUUCGGAAAACCUGUUAUCCUAUCAAACCAUUGAUUAUUAUAGUUGGUAUAAACUAAAAUACGUUUUAAUGGGUGUUAUUAGGCCAUGGACCUAAUUUACAUCUAAUUAAAAUCAAAUUAGUCUCAAAACUAAACAUUUCAAAGCGUUAUUCAAAUUUUAACAUUUUAAGGUAUAUUUAGCAACUGAUCAGUAGGCAUACUUAUCAAGAUCUAAACAGAGGGUUGCUAAAGGUGGAGUGGUUAAAACAACUUCCAAAUAUAGUAAGCACAACUUUAAAAGUGAAUUAAAAUUUUCUAAAUCAAUUAUUUUCAUUUUAAUUACUUUAGAUAUUACUUACAGUUAAUAAUACUAUAAAAUUGAUUCUUCAAAAUUCAAAUAUCAAAUUAAAAAUAACUCACUUACUUUUCAUUAAUUUUAAAGAUUCGUUCCAAAAAAAUAUAUAUUUUAAACAUUUUAAAAGUGUUCUAAUUGUCCAAAAAAGUGCUUUACAAAUUGUAGCGUUACAUUAGAGCUGUCUAUAUGGAGAUUUUAUGUCAAAAUAGAAUUAUUUAGGCCCUAUAUUUAUUUCGAGUAAUAAAGUUGACUCUUCUCAAUUUGUAAUGACAACACAUAAUUUUCAAAUAUUAAUCUCUACAUAUAACGCAAUUUAAUUUUGAAACAAUUACUUAAAAUUUUAGUACACAAAGGAGCCCAGAGCAGAGUGCAGUGGUGAGUAGGAAAUUGUAACAAUAACUGACUUACUGACUGCAAGUAAGGGAAGCUAUGCCCUCGAGAUACCAGGCAUAUAUAUGGUUUAUGUAUUGAGGUUUCCCCCGAGGAUCUCGCCUUCACCCCUGACUAUGGACACUAGGCAUCCUUAGUCAGUUCCUCGAACCGAAAUUUGUCUUUCAUCCUUCCCGCUGUUAGGGUUGGUUCUUCUUCUCAUCACACCAUUCCUUGUGUUCAGGAUUGCCACUUUCUGUAGCGCGACGCCCCCAUUUGAAUUGAAGGGCACAUCGGCUUCCUCUGAUCCUUAGCUCCUCCUCCCCACAGUACCCUUUGUACUGCGGAUCCACAGAACAUUUUCACAAACCAAAAUGUUCUACCAUUUUUCCUCUUACCUGGGAUGACCAAUUCCGCACUCAAAGAUGGAGGCCAAAGUCCUCUCCUUCUGUGGUCUUUAACCCUGGAUCUGUUGCCCAGACCGUGGUGAGCCUGGAAUAGGGUACCGAAAGACCAGUUCUCUAGGCAUACCUCCGGGGUACAAAAUACAUCGGAGUGGCCAGCCCCUUCACCUGUACCCUAACAUGCAGGCCACAGUGAGCCAAAACCUACCUUCCUCUGUAGACUCUGACCAACGAAUCUGUUACCCAGCGAGUCUGGGUUUGGGUACCUUUAAUAAGUUUUUACAAUAUAUCUUCUGAGGUGCGGGAUACACCCAUUCGUGUGACCAUGUGCGAAGAUGGUACUGAACAGGGCUCUUUCAACAGCCUCAUUGGAAAGCCUUCUGUGCUUGCAGGUUGCAGCCACCAGCACUUUGUGAGCCCAUGCCCUCGAGACAGAGAGCAAGUAUUGAACUGGGAAAAGACAAGGACAAGAUUCAGCUCUAUUUGAUUGCAUAUAACUGUUACUAGAAUUGAAUGGAAUGUAAAUAACACAUACGGAAUUUCCUUGAGAGCUUGAGAAGCAGAAACAGAAAUAUGAAUAAAAAAGAAGGGGCAGUAAUAUAAAUUACUUUACUUUUUAUAUUACAUUUCGUAAAAAAGACAUUUUAUUCCUUAUAGUUUGUAUGCUAUAUCAUUCUUAUAUUAUGAUAAACUGAAAGUGUACUACACAGUGUAAAUCUAAAUAUUAAAUGAACAUAAAUAAUAUCAAAUGUCUAAAAUUAUUGUACUUGUUUCUUCAUAACUAGGAUUUCUGUGGUCAGUCACCAUUGUCAAUUGCACAGCAGAAUUACAAUCUUAGUUCAAGGAGCUCUUUCACUAUAAAACGUUUUUAAACUUAAGAGAAGACAUUCUUAAGUAGCCACACUUUUUUUUCUUUGGAGGAUAAUUUGAUUAUUUUAACACAAUAUUUAUACUUCUUCUUUUAGUUAGUACGUAUUCAUUUAUAUAGAAUUGUGAUAAAAUGAAGUAUUGACUUAAUGUUUAUAAUGACGUACAUUUUUAUAAAAUAAUUUUCACUUUAAUAGUCACGCAGUUCUUAAUAUUACUGUUAUUUACCCUUGGCCUAUGGUUUUAUGUUCCAUUGAAUUAUGUUUUUGUAAAUUAUUCAGAUCUGCACUUUUUUAAUUAAUUAAAAUUACACAUUUCUUGUUAAGUUAUAUUUAUAAGCUGUAUAUUAAGGCUAUUUUGGGCAGACAAUUUUUACAUUCCUCAAAGUGUUUUACAUAAAUGCUGGCAAUCUAUUUUAUUAUUUGCAAUUAUUUUGAUAUGCUUGUUGUAUCAAUAGGCAUACAUUUUUAAAUAAAUUAUAUUGAUAUAAUUUUACUUUCUUGUUUAUAAUAAUACCAACUGUUUAUACCGGGGAUAUGUUUUGUUAACAUAUGUAUAUAUUUCAUUAAUAAAAAUUGUUAAUAACAUC